AUGGCCAUAACUUCUUCUUCUACAGCUGAUAUAACUCUUGUUAAUUUACCUGCUACAGUAGCGGAAGCCAUUCCUUCGAUUCCAGUCCCUCUCACUUGGUGCCAACGAUUCAAAAUCGGAUCUAGCACGCUAGAGAAAUGUAGAACUCCGUAUGAGCUCAACAAAGUGAUAGAAGAAAGUAAGCCCAUGUGGAAAGAUUUUGUGAUAGGCCAGCUCUAUCGCAAAUCCCCUUCCUUCGGAAAGAUAUAA